CAUCAGUGUGGUACAUCAACGACGCGUAAGAUGUCGCUGGUGGGUAAACCAUUGGUUUAUAAAAAUUAUAGUACCGAUCAAAGGUUUCGACGGGUUCAAUGUAAGGUGCAUAAUUUUUUGGAACGACCACGUGGCUGGAAAGCAGCUGGUUAUCAUUUCGCCGU